GCUGCUUUUAACACAGAUGCUGAGCGGCUCUUCUGCACUGAACGUGAGAUAGAGGAACAGCACCAUGACCGCGAGCACAUGCGACGUGAUUGUGAUUGGCGGAGGCAUCUCAGGUUUGAGUGCCACCAAGCUGUUGGUGGAGAGCGGCUUGAACCCUGUGCUCCUGGAAGCCAGAGACCGUGUUGGAGGAAGAACCUUCACUGUUCGGAAUAAGGAGACCAAAUGGGUGGAUCUUGGAGGAGCGUACAUUGGGCCCACUCAAAACCGAAUCCUGAGGUUGGCCAAGCAGUACGGGGUAAAGACAUACAAAGUCAACGAAGAGGAGUCUCUGAUUCAUUAUGUGAAGCAAAAAACAUAUCCAUUCAAAGGGCCUUUCCCUCCAGUGUGGAACCCUUUGGCUUACCUGGACUACAACAACCUCUGGAGGACAAUGGACAAGAUGGGAAUGGAGAUCCCAAAGGAAGCUCCAUGGAGGGCACCUCAUGCAGAAGAGUGGGACAAGAUGACCAUGAAGCAACUCUUUGACAAGCUUUGCUGGACCAGGGCUGCUCGCCGUUUUGCCACUCUCUUUGUCAAUGUGAAUGUGACCUCAGAGCCCCAUGAGGUGUCUGCUCUGUGGUUCCUCUGGUACGUCAAGCAGUGUGGCGGCACUAUGAGAAUCUUCUCCACCACCAAUGGAGGCCAGGAGCGUAAGUUUGCUGGAGGCUCCAGUCAAAUCAGUGAGGCGAUGGCGAGAGAGCUGGGUGACCGGGUGAAGCUGCAGAGAGCCGUGUACAGCAUUGACCAGACUGGAGACCUGGUGGUGGUGAAGACACUCAGUGAUGAGAUAUACAAGGCCAAAUAUGUCAUACUUGCCAUACCACCAGGGCUGAACCUAAAGAUCCACUUCAACCCUGAAAUGCCUCCUCUGAGGAAUCAGCUUAUUCAUAGAGUGCCCAUGGGUUCAGUCAUCAAAUGCAUGGUGUACUACAAAGAGAACUUCUGGAGGAAAAAGGGAUAUUGUGGCAGCAUGGUAAUCGAGGAAGAGGAUGCGCCUAUUGGUCUCACGCUUGACGACACUAAGCCUGAUGGGACUGUGCCUGCUAUUAUGGGUUUCAUUCUGGCGCGAAAAUCUAGGAGACUAGCGGGUCUGACAAAAGAGGAGAGAAAGAGAAGGAUCUGUGAGAUUUAUUCUCGUGUGCUCAGCUCAGAGGAAGCACUACAUCCUGUGCACUAUGAGGAGAAAAACUGGUGUGAGGAGGAGUACUCUGGUGGCUGCUACACAGCUUACUUCCCCCCUGGCAUCAUGACACAAUUUGGCAGGGUUCUGCGAGAACCGGUGGGCAGGCUGUACUUUGCAGGCACUGAGACGGCCACUGAAUGGAGCGGUUACAUGGAGGGGGCCGUACAGGCAGGAGAGAGAGCAGCUAGAGAGAUUUUGUGUGCAAUGGGGAAACUCCAUGCAAGUCAGAUCUGGCAGUCAGAGCCUGAAUCAAUGGAUGUCCCAGCCCAGCCCUUUGUCACCACGUUUUGUGAAAGAAACUUGCCAUCCGUUGGGGGCUUCCUCAAGUUUAUGGGCGUGUCCUCCUUCCUGGCUCUUGCCACUGCAGUGGGAGUGGUAGCCUACAAGAAGGGGCUCCUCCCUCGAAGCUAAAGCCCCUCCCACUCAAAGCCUAUUCUCUAUGACCUGGCCUUGUACUUGUGGCGUUCGACCAAUCACCAAAUCAGGGCCAUAGCACUGCCUGGGUAUGUGGGCGAGUUAUUUAGAUGAGAUUUGACACAAGUGUAUUGUUGUCACACAAUUGCUCAUUCGUUGUUAAAAAUGAAUCAAGUGAUUAUUAUGGAAUAAUGAGUACUAACUGUUCACGUGGGAAUCGCCCUGUCAAAUAGUACACUAACUGCCCACAUUAAAAGAACUGAAAAAGCGACACUGACAUUCCACAACUGUUCAUUGUGUGUGUGUGUAUUCAUGUGUUUCAUCAGUCUUAUUGAUUACAUCUGCUGAUUUCAGGUGCUGUUCUCAGGAACUCGUUCUUUAAUUAAGUUUCCAAAAUAUCAAAAUAACAUUACAGAAAUUAGAAGCAUUAGAUUAGCAUUUAGUAAUGCAUUGUAUUGUAUUCUAUAACAGAGACUAUGAGAACAUCUCUGUAGCAGAACACAGAAGCUGUGUUGGCUUCAGCACAAUUCACUAUCAUUCAUGAGAGAAGCAGAGGCUAUUCAUUUCUUAUUUACUUUUGUUUCCUAAUUUACCAUGACUGUUCAGUGAGAGUUAGUACAGACUGGUGUCUGGCAGAAUGAUGAACUGAAGUUUAAAAAGUCAUACAGAGGUCGAGUCAUAGAGAGUCUUGUCUACUUUGAAGAACAUUCCAGUGUUUAAUGAAAUUUCUGAAAAGCUGCUGUGCAUGAUUGUGUCUGAUUGAAGCAUAUGGAAGCAUUUGGAUGUACUUUUACAGAUUAAAAGUUGAAUUUUUAAAAAAAAAAAAUUUUUCACGGUAUACUUGAAAUAUGAAUUUGUUCUUUUUGAUGCACGUCUCUAAGAAUGCUGUACAGUGAGUCAUUGUCAACCAUCCAUUGUUCCUCAUGUUAUUUUUCUUAGAUUCUGUAAGAACUGCAUAUCAUUAACAGUAAAAGUUUUGAAAGUGUGCUCAAAUGUUGCACUUUUGCCAAACAUAAAGGCUGUCCCAGUUUACCAAAAUUGAUAAAUUAGGGUAUUUUUCUUUUUUCCUUUUUUUAUUGGAAUAAAAAUAAAUCUUAGUUUACAUAGAUUUCCCAUCCACCAACCUUUAGAUAGAUAGAUGGAUGGAUGGAUGGAUAGAUAGAUAGAUAGAUAGAUAGAUGUUUAAGCUGAAUGCAUCCCUCCCUCACCUUCAUGGCAGUAACCUGUGCAAUAUUCGUUCUAGAACAAUUUAAACAUUAUAUGAUUCAUAUGCAGUAUGUGAUUCAUUUUCAGAUUUCAUUACAGUCAUUUUAUUUUUCAUACACCUGUCAUAUUUAAACAAAUUCUGUUUUUGGCAAAAGAACAGUGAACUGAUUUGUUCCACUCCAAGAAUUAAAAAAAUAAAUAAAAUAUAUAUAUAUUUGUUUGAUUUACCAAGAAAAGCUACAGUGGUAGGCCUGUUUCACUGAUUAUAUGUGAUUCAAUGAAAAGGAGGAGAUGCAGCCCAAAAAGACACCAGGCACAGACAGAUUUGAAAAUGUUUUAUGUGUGUAAAUCUGAAGCGCGUAGAUUUUGAUGUUCCAAAGAUGCGUCAUAACUGUUGUUUGUGGUGCCUUAAUCUUAUAGUAGUAUUCUUCAUUUCUCAAGUGCCUCUGUGCUAGUGAGCUCCUCCAGUCUUGCACAAUGUCCCAGGGUCAGUCAUUGGCUGCUUUAUAGGAUCAUUUCAGAAAGAUGCUACUUUUAACAGAAUGUUUGGUCUGAGGUCUGGAAAGAUGAUUAGAAGAUUGUGUACUGUAAGUCUGCAUUGGAACGAUAUUUGACAUCUUGCUGUGGACUGCACUAGCCAUCAGCAUACAUUGAAAACAUCUAAUGACAUUAUUCUUUCCUGAAGUAGCCACUGAUGGACCAGGGGUGACAGAAUCAGAGACAAAGCCACUCCUGACUGUUAACUGUACAACUUACUUUUAGUGUCCUACAUCUGAGUAAAACUUAGUACCCCACUGGAAUCUGGUCAACUGUGAACUUGGUAACAUUAUGGUGAUUCUUGAUCAUUGUUGUCCUGACAUGCUGUAGUUGCUGUAACUCCUCUAGCUGGUGUGCUAGUGAAUUUUGCCUCUCUUUGUGCGCUGCUAAUGAUUUUUGUAACCCUAUAACAUGACUCUGUAUACCUGUCCCAGAGUACAGAUCUGCCCUCUUCUGCCCUAGUUUGCCUAGCCCCCUGCUAUGAUCAGGCCCCAUUGUGUAAUUUUGUGUGUGUUCAACGUCCAAUGGUCAAGUCCUGUAAUUGCAUUAUUUGAUCUCUUUGUACAAAUUCAGACUAAGCUGAUAAUAAAAAUGUGUGACAUGCC